CCUCCCCUCCGCCGGGGCCGCUUUGUUGUAAGACUUUGAUUGAACAACUUGUGUUAUUCUUUUGCCAAAUAUCGUAUUAUGAGAUUUGGAUUAUGCAGAUUUUUGUUUGGAGUGUGCAUAUCCUUGAGAUAGUUCAUACCAUGGGAGUUCCAAACCCAACGGCGCGCCGAGGGAGAAACCGCGCGAGCGACGACGCGCGCCGCACCGGAACCGAUCGGAUCGCACGAGGCGGCCGAGUUCUGGUGGGAUGGAGCCGGAGAGACCGGGAAUCCAGGGGCAAAGCUACUCUUUUCCUUUUCAAAAACCUCGCCCUUCCCUUCCCCUCCCCUGGUUCAUCUCCCCCUGUCCCCUUGCCGCGCCGCGCGACUCUCGUCAAUCAUCGAUGGUUCUCAUGGCGGCCGCCUCCGACGACCAUCACCACCGCCGCCGCCAUCGUGCGGCGAAACGCUCGCUGACUCCGCCCCAGCCCGAGUCCCCGUCCCCGGCCCCAGCCCCACUCGAUUGCUUCUCCUUCACCUGGGGCGUGCGACGUCGCCUCCGCUGCUCCAAGGACGGCGCCCCCGUCACCGCCACCGCGUUGCCGUCUCCUCCCCAGCAGCCGGUCACCCCGUCGCCGGACAAGGAGAAGACGCCCCAGGGCGACGCCGCCGGCUCCUCCUCCCGGCCGCAGCGGUCCCGGUACCUCCGCCCGCUUCGCUACACCGCGACGAAUCCCGCGUCCAGAUCAACGGACGCCGGCGCGGGGCAGGCGCUCCACUCGCCCGCCUCCGCGCCUCCGGCGCCGCCGACGGAGCCGCAGCAGCCUAGGAAGAGGGGAUUCGCCGUCGCCCUCACCAAACAGGAGAUCGCCCGGGACUUCGCCGCCGUCCGCUGCAAGCGCCCGCCGCGCCGCGGCAAGAAGCGGUCCAAAGCCCAGCAGGCCAAGAUCGACGCGCUGUGCCCGGGAUUCUUCCUCUCGACGGUGGACCUGGACAACUACAAGAUCGAUGAUAACAAUAAUAGGUGAUUCAUGGCUGCCGUGAUGAAGCUUCAGACGGGAGCAACUUCUCAAUUGCUCCCUUAUCUUUCUUCCUGUGAUGGCUAACAUGCCCUGAUGCCCAUUACUGAAUGGUGUUGGUUCUUCUGAGGUAGAGGACAGCAAAUUGGAUCUAGUUAGGUUCCUUGAGUGGUUUUGUAUACAGAUUUCCCGUUUAGAAGAGCUGCCAGAACGAUGGGAAAGUUUAUGCUUCAGAGUGCUAGCUAUGUCGGUUUGAAGUAUAGUUCCUGCAGCUUGUAAGAAAUGAUAAUAUUCUUAUAUAAUGGGAAGCAGCUAUGUUUUGUACAUUUGUUAAAUUAUCAAAUAGCGUUGGACAUGGCUAAUUGGAAGUGAAAGUAAUAGGUGCUUUAUACUUGUGAUAUAAUAAUGCCUGACUAACCAUGGCCUCUCUAUUUUUCAGCAAUAAGUGUAAAUCAGGGAAGAAUACAAGCAAAUUAUCAGACAAAGUUUGCAUCUUGACUUAUCUCCUUUCAUGUGUAAUGUUUCUGAAAGUUUUCUUUCACAUUUAUUGACCAAUUUUCCUUAUAUUCUUCAGUUUUUCUGUUCACGUUUUCAAGCAUUUUCUGAUAUAUUGCUGCAUGACAUUCUUACCUUCAAAAUGCUUAUACUUGUAGAUGUGGUGUUACAUUUGUUGUUUCAGACAUGCUCACCCGCCAUCACCCUGUUUUACAGUAGUUGGUUCAGAAAAAAAAACUCGUGAGUAUGACAAAGCAUUCUGGUUAUGAAGUGUUCUUGAGGAUGUUUACAUGUUUGUUGAGAUUGUUCUCAUUCAAACACUGAUGGAAGAUAGAUACUCGUUAGCUCUUAGCGGCAUAGCAUGACUCUUUGGCAGGCAUCUCCCUGGCCCAACUUAGCUCGAGACCAGGUUGUACCAAUCUCCUGCUUAUCUGUGUUAUGUGUACAAAAGUAUCUCCAUAGUUAUCCAUUCAUUUCCCUUUCCUUAUUUCACUUUUCUUGUUCAUGCUAUCUUGCAUUUUUCAAUAUAUGAGGAAGCUGGUGCAUGCGAUUAUUGCUUUGAUUGUAACAUUGUUAUGCCAGAGUUUUCAUAACGCUAUUCUGUUUUGCAGAAGAGCUGCUAUGUUCAGCAGUCAUCACAUUUUUGUAACAGUGUUUAUUCGUUUGACUGAACCUAUAUUCAUCGAGGUGAACUCAAAUUGAUUCCUAGUGUUCAAGAGUACAUCACCGCUU